UGCUGAGGCGCUGCAGAGCUGCCGAGGACUGCACUAAUGAGCUGUUAGCUUGGAGACAGCGUUAGCGACCAGUAUGACACGAACGUUGCGGAGGCUGUGGGAGCUGCAGCUACAAUGCUCUUCGAUUUUUGAGGCCACGCGUAUCUUAGGAAGGGAAAUUCAUAUGCAGAUGCCCACUCAAUACAAAGAAGUAGCAGAUGCUUCUGCAGUUUCUCCAUCAAAGAAGGCAAGGAUAGAAACAAAGCCUGCAGACGAAAGACCUGUCCUCAGGUUUGCUAAACUCUCAGAGUAUGCCACGACACCUACCAGAGGCUCGACUAAAGCUGCAGGAUAUGACCUCUACAGUGCAUACGAUUACACCAUUGCUCCUAUGGAUAAGACCAUUGUGAAGACAGACAUCCAAAUAGCAGUUCCACACGGCUGCUAUGGGAGAGUGGCACCAAGAUCUGGACUGGCAGCAAAACACUUUAUUGAUGUUGGCGCUGGAGUUGUUGAUGAAGACUAUAGAGGAAAUGUGGGAGUUGUGCUCUUCAACUUCAGCAAGGACAAAUUUGAUGUGAAAAAGGGUGACCGAAUUGCUCAGCUGGUGUGUGAGAGGAUCUGCUACCCAGACCUGGUGGAGCAAGAGACUCUAGAUGAGACGGAGCGUGGUGCUGGAGGCUUCGGAUCAACCGGACACAACUGAAACCUACAAAUAUGAAACAAAUAUGAUUGUUGUGUGACUGUAUAUGUUGAAAAUAUAUAGAUUAGGUGCUAAUAAAGUUCUCGUUU